AUGGACCAGCUCGAGCCAGGUGUCAUUGUGGGCGGCGUCAUCGUUCUCGUCGUGAUCACUUCCAUGCUCGUCGCGACCGUCGUCGUCGUCUGGCGCUCGCGCCCCGCCGCGAUCGCCGCACGUGCCAGGAAACAGCGAGAACGCUCACGCACGCUCGUGCACGAGGCCAACGGCAAGCAUAUCGCACCUCUCCCGUUCGAGUCGCCGUCCUCGCCAGCUAGUGACACCAUCAUGGAGAACAAGGAGUGCGGCGACCUGUCCUUCACCGCAAGCACCACGGGGAGCGAUACCGAUACGCAGUCCUUACCCUCCCCGCCGCCGAAAUCUGUCUUGCCCCACGUCGGCCACUCCGUCCCAUCGGCGCUCAAUGUCAUUCUGGCGCCACGAUUGCUCCAGUGCGUGGAAAAGGGCGAGGGGCUAGACGAAGGGCAGAUCCUUGAGAAGCCGCCUCCGGCCGCCCUUGGGAGUCUUCCUAGUGCUUCGGGGUCGGCAUGGUGGUUUAUGUGA